AUGUCUCCACCUCGGAACCUCCGAGAAGUCCAGAGGCUGAAUGGACGUCUGACCGUACUGAACCGCUUCCUGUCCCAGUCUGCUGAGAAAGCUCUGCCGUUCUUUAAGGUGCUGAAGAAGGCUGCCGACGAGGCUGUCAGUGCUGUGCUCAUCCGAGAUGAGGGCACUCAAGUGCCGGUCUACUAUGUCAGCCGAGCCCUUCGCGGGUCGGAAACUCGGUACACCCAGGCGGAAAAACUCGUAUCGGGACUAGUCCACGCAACUCGGUGGCUAAAACCCUAUUUCCUAACUCAUCCCAUUUCCGUUAGGACAUACCAGCUUAUCCGGCAGAUAUUGGUGCGUCCCGAGGCUUCCGGGCGCCUUACCAAGUGGGCUGUCGAAUUGGGAGAGUAUGAUCUGUCAUAUGAGCCACGCACUGCCAUAAAAGCUCAAGUUUUAGCCGACUUCCUUGCCGAACUCACCUUCACGGAAGGUCGAGAACCCACCUCCGCCAUUGCCGAGGUGUCCACCCCACACCUGUGGACGUUGUAUGUGGACGGAUCCUCUAAUGGGGAUGACAACGGAGCAGGACUGCUCCUAAAGGACCCCCAUGGGGAAGUGUGCUCAUUUGCCUUCCGUUUUGAUUUCCCCGCCACCAAUAAUGAAACUGAGUAUGAGACCUUAAUCGCUGGACUCCAGCUAACCCGCAGACUCGGUGCCCAACGGAUCCACGUCCGCAGUGACUCCCAACUGGUAGUAUUCCAAGUUCUUGGUGAAUAUGAGGCCAAGGAUGAGACCAUGCAACGGUAUCUCUCCAAAGUUCACCAGCUCACCUCAUACUUUCAAUCUUUCGAAAUCCAAAGAAUAUCCCGGUCCCAGAAUAGGCAGGCUGAUGCCUUAUCCCGGCUGACUUCCACAUCAUUCUCUGACCUCAACAAGACUAUUUUGGUAGAGGGAAUCCUCCCCGAGGACCGAGUCGAGGCAAGAAAGAUACAACGCAAAACUGCUCGGUACGCUCUCCGCGAGGAAGAGCUGUAUAAAUGCUCCUACCUCGGCCCGUGGCUGAGGUGCGUUACGCCUGAGGCAGGACGCCAGAUCCUUCACGAGAUCCAUGAGGGCCUAUGUGGGGCUCACGUCGGCCACAGAAUGUUAGCUAAGAAGACUUUGCUCCUUGGGUACUUCUGUCCCUCCGUUCGACAAGACGCCCAAGACCCUGUUCUCGGCUGCCCUUCUUACCAAGUCCACGCCUCUGAGCACCACCAGCCCUCAAAUUUCAUGGUUCCCAUCACCUCACCCUAG